CCUCGAACAAAUCUAGGCCGGUUGUCUGUAAUGCGCUAGAAUGGAAAUCCUUAAACACGUUUUGGGGUUUUUGGUUUUCUUAAAGUUCUGUUCACCUUAUGUUAUUCAAUUGAAUUCAACAAAUUGGAAACAAAUGUUAGAUGGUGAAUGGCUCGUAAAAUUCCAUGCUCCUUGGUGUCCAGCUUGUCGACAGUUUUCACCAAUUUGGCAACAACUCUCUGAUGAUAGUUCAAUCAAUGCUUUUGUCGCAGAUGUUGAUGUAACAGAAAGUCCUGUCCUUAGUUUCAUAUUUUUUGUCAAGCGAUUACCAACUGUCUACCAUGUAAAAAAUGGCCUAUUCAGAGUAUACGACGGGGCAAGAACUCUUGAUGAUCUCAGAGUUUAUGUAAAAUCUGAAAAAUAUGAAACUGAAACACCUUUACCAUGGUAUUACUCACCAGCAUCUUUUCAUAUGCAUAUUUUCAUACGUUUCAUGGAUCUUGGCAUUUUCAUUACGAAUACUCAUCAAGCAUUUUUAGAUGCUGGUUAUAGUAAUUGGAUGUCAUUUUUGAUCAUUGGUCUAUCGACUAUAUUUUCCGGACUGUUCAUUGGAAUUAUACUUGUAUUGAUUUUUGAUUGUUUUUUCCCACCGCGUCCACAAAUCCUAAGAUUUAUUAGGAAACCUAAAAAGGUGGAAGAAUCUUUACAGUAUGAAACAGAAAAAUCCAGGUCUAAUGUUCACGAUGACGAUGUAUCAGAGGAAAAUGUAGAUGAUGAGAUUACGGAAAUUCGUCAAAGGAAGGUCGAUAAUAAUGAAGUUCAAGAUUCAUAAUCUCAUGUAUUACACAGAUAUUUACAUAUGCUUAGUUUCUUUCUAAUAUCACUGUUUCAUUUUUUUC